UAAACAACGCUUUAACCUCCGGCUACUAGCAGACGAGCGUCACCCCACUGUGCACCAGCGAGGACGGCUUUUUCUUUGCUUUUAGCGAAUUUAAAGUAAAAAAACCACCAUGUCAGACGUAACGCAACGACGGCAAACAUGGCAAAAUGCGUCGUGUGGAGCGUAGUAGCGGCUGGUUUGCCGACCAGAUCCUAAUCCGGAGUAGUCAAGCACCGUAGCAGGAAAAAAAAAAAAAAAAAAAAAAAAGCGACUCGGACUUUAUUUUUAUUUUCAACAAAAAAAAAACGUAAAAUUUAGCGACGGUGCAUACACGUUUUUUAGCCUUUUAACUGGUUUGGGCAACCGUUUGAAGUAUUUUAUUAGCUAGAAUUGAGAAGCGAAAUGGACCGGGGUGGCUGCCAGAUGAGUGGCGGCGGAGGUGGAAGCGGCGGCGGCGGCGGAGGAGGUGGUGGGAGCCCGGACCGACACGGGAUGAUCACCCUGGAGGACCUGGAGUCCUUCUCGGAGGACCAGUUAUCAGACUCCGGCAACGGCAGCCUGGAAGAGGAAGGGGAAACCAUGGAGGAAGACGAAGAUCGACUGCUGCAUUACUGGCAGGAGGUAGCCAGGGGACACCAAGUGGAAGUUUCGCAAGAUAUGGCAGAACCCAUUCAACAGCUAACCAGCAACAACCAAGGACGCAGUCACAGAGAACACGUUCCUUUUACUCUCCUUGCACGCAAAGAGAAGUGUGGGGAGCUGCUAUAUGAGAAACGCCAAUAUGAGAAGGGCAACUGGGCUUGUAUAACAAUGCGUGAGGACACUUACGAACAGAGCAUCUGCUACGGUUUUAUGAGGAUAAUGAGAUACAUCUGCCAGCAGAACUCCUUAGGCGACUACCUAGGCAUGACGCUACCUAUCGUGACAGUGGUGCGCACAGACGAGAAUCAUUCUGUCAUCUCCCAUGAUGUCACCGUGGCGUACUACCUUCCUGUUGAGCAUCAGGCCCAGCCACCGCAAGCUGAAGACAAUGAGAUUUUCAUCGAGGUCUGGCCUGCCACUACAGUAUACACAAGAGGCUUUAGCGGCCCCACCAACGAAGUGACCAUCAUCGAUCAGAUCAACGCCUUGGCUGAGCUGCUCGACUCCCCAGACGUGUGUUUCAACGACUCCUUCAUCGUGGCCGGCUACACCAACCCCGCUCACAGCAACCGCCAGAACGAGAUCUGGUUCCUGGAGCGAAACUGAGGGACAGCUGGAUCACACAGAAUCCUACCUUCAACCCUUGAGCCUCACACAGACUCCCUCCUUCAACACUGCCCCGGCUCAGCUACAGCCUCAGGUGCAACAUCAUCUGUAAUCACCACCGAUACCUGAAACAACCACCAGCCUAGCACACUCCAGAACCAUUGAGUUUUAAUUUAAAAGAAAAAAAAAGCACAGCCCUUACUCUAAUUUCAGUGAUUUUUUUUUUAACUUACGUUUUAGAUAGAGCUUCAUUUCACCUGCAAGAACUGAACUUCUCCUUUGAAUACAGAUGCUUUACAGAUAGCUCUCAUCUCCCGCUUUUGACGUGAAGUCUUGAAGUCCUCUCCCGAGCACAGUGUCCUCACAGUCAGAUGAAGUGGUUUUAAGUCUGCGCACUCUGUGAAGAACACAGUCUCCUGUCCUUUCAGAGGAGGGACGUGCAGCCUUAUUGUGCUCCCUUCUUCUUUGUUGCACAGCCACAAUGUCCGUCAUUAAUCUAGCUUGCCGAGGUGAUUUCAACUCUGUCGCUGUUCAUCUAUUAUUUCUUUAUCCCUGGAGUGCACAAUUCGCUGCAGGUUACACGUCUAUAUGAUGCCAGUCACACUGCAUAUUGUGUUUCAACAAUAAGUGCAAUAUUUAUUAGAUAAACCACGAUCGACGAGCCGGUUCCUGGGCUGCUAACCUAACCCAGUGGAAGGGGUGCGUUCACUUGCUGGUGUCGCGAGUUAGGAAGAGGAUCUGAAGCGCGUACCACUGCCCGACCGAUCAGGAACUAGUGGCUUUAAGCAUAAAUAAGCUCAACACACCAAUAUUCAGACACCCUAUGAACGUAACGCAUUCAUGUGCACGAAUGUAAUGCAGCAGGUAGACGGUGUAAACAAAUGUCACAAAACCAAAUGCUGAAAACUCACAGAUUUUACUGCUGAAUGACAAUCAUACAGUACUACAUAUAUAUAUACACAGAUAUCUUUUUUCUUGGACAACAAUGCAAAGUUAUGCAUUCCUCAUGUUCAGAGUAUUGUUGACACACAGGAGUCGUCGCCUACGUACCUCUUUGACAUGUUCUUUGUACUUGCUACUCCGUGUCAGUUAGCGUUCACAAAUGUAUUGCAAAUACUACUGCUGCUGAGUAGAGACGGUGCAACCAAGAAGAGAAGUAGAGCACAUAUAUAAUAUCUCUACUGUGAUUAUAUUAUUUUAAGGUAAAAAUAGAAUUGUUUUAGAUAUCUUAAUGUUCUGUCACAGAUUAAAACGAGUCUAUAAAGUGUGCAUCUUCACUGUAUUUCAAAACGUAACAGUGUCAUGCAGCAAAAAAAAAAACAAAGUGUCCAGCUACACCUGGAGUGAUGUAGACAUGUUUAUGCCCUGAAAGUGUACGUUUACUGCUUGGGUGCCAGUGAAAUAAAAACUGGAAGUGAACUAGCCAAAUCAUCACUGUGUGAGGAUUUUUUUACCAGGACAGUAUCUGGGAAACGUUUAGGUAGAUGCUUGUUGAAGCCUAUCAAUGAAAGUUCAAUUACAAAGUUUGCUUCAUCUUCUUGACUCUUCAAAAGACAAGUAAAAAUUGACAGCUACGAAAGUUAGUAUUGGGUAAGGAGGGCCGUCCAGUCUUAAAGUCAAGUAGUGUUAUUGACACCAAAUCCAAAGAGUUUAUUUAGCAUUAAAUGAUUGUAGCGUUCACAUCAUACUCUACGAAAACCCUUGCAAAGCCAUGAUACAUGUAGGUUUGUUUUCCUUUAAAGAGCCUGGUUAUAUGGGAACAUCAAGUGUGUGGAUUUAAUUAGUUCUCCUUUCUUUUUUGCUUGAUUUCUUUAUUUUAUUUUUUUCAGUGUUUUGCAAAAGUGUGAUGUACUGUGAAAAUUUAAGUGCAAAAAAAAGAAAGAAAAACGAGCUACUGUGGUUUUCUUUGUUAAAUAAAAAAAAAAUAUGUGCUUGUC